GGACCCGGACCCGGCACCGGGAGGUGACGCUGCCCUGGUGGCCGAUGUCCCCGGAGCCGAGCCCGGAGGAUGAGCAAGCCCACGGACCUGCAGCACGACCUGGAACGCAGCCUCCCUGCCAUCGCCUCCAUCAGCUCCUCCUUCUCCCAGAGCCAGGGCUUCUCCCCGUACUUCCUCUCCCCGGAGAAGAGAAAAGCCAUCUCCGAUGUGAGGAGAACCUUCUGCCUCUUUGUCACCUUCGACCUGCUCUUCAUCUCCCUGUUGUGGAUCAUCGAGCUGAAUACCAAGGUGGGCAUCAAGGAGAACCUGAAGGAUGAAAUCAUCAACUACAAAUUCAAGACCUCGUUCUUUGAUAUAUUUCUCUUGGCUCUGUUCCGUUUUGUUGUGCUGCUCUUGGGCUACGCCGUCGUCCGCCUGCGCCACUGGUGGGUCAUCGCGGUCACUACACUGGUAUCCAGUGCCUUCCUGAUUGUCAAGGUCAUCCUCUCCGAGCUUCUGACCAAAGGGGCUUUUGGGUAUUUACUUCCCAUCGUCUCCUUUGUCAUUGCUUGGCUGGAGACCUGGUUCCUGGAUUUUAAAGUCCUAACUCAGGAAGCAGAAGAGGAACGAUGGUUCCUGGCAGCCCAGGCUGCAGCCUCAAGGCCACUGCUGUACCCCCGAGCCCUCUCUGAGGGACAGUUCUACUCCCCACCCGAGUCCUUUGCAGGCUCAGACAACGAGUCUGAUGAGGAAGGUGUGGGGAGGAAGGCCUUGACAACUCAGGAAAAGGAGUAUGUCCGACAAGGCAAAGAGGCCAUGGAGGUUGUGGACCAAAUCCUCGCCCAGGAGGAGAACUGGAAGUUCGAGAAAAACAAUGACUUUGGUGAUGUUGUUUACACUUUUGAAAUCCCUUUCCACGGCAAGACCUUUAUUUUAAAGGCUUUCCUGCAGUGCUCCCCUGAAAUGGUUUACCAGGAGGUGAUUCUGCAGCCCGAGAAGAUGAUCCUGUGGAACAGAACAGUGGCAGCUUGCCAGAUCUUGCAGCGGGUUGAGGACAACACGAUCGUCUCGUACGACGUGGCGGCCGGAGCUGCCGGCGGGGUGGUGUCCCCAAGGGAUUUCGUGAACGUGCGUCGGAUCGAGAGGAGGAGAGACAGGUACGUUUCCUCAGGGAUGUCGACCACGCACAGCCUGAAGCCUCCGCUCUCCAAGUACGUCAGGGGUGAGAAUGGUCCGGGAGGAUUCAUCGUCCUGAAAUGUCCCAGCAAUGCCAAGGUCUGCACCUUCAUCUGGAUUCUCAACACGGAUCUGAAGGGUCGCCUGCCCCGGUACCUGAUCCACCAGAGCCUGGCUGCCACCAUGUUCGAGUUCGCCUUCCACCUGCGCCAGCGCGUGGCCGAGCUCUGCUCCAAGCCCUGAGGACAUUCCAGUGCCCUCUGUGCUCCGUGGGGAUGGGGACAGGACCCUGCACCCCCCCAGGGAGGGGUCCCCCCACUACCAGCCAUGGGCUGAGGCCAGGGGGGCUCAGCCCCUCCUCCCACCACGGUUGCCCCCGAUGAUUGGGGCCCUGGACCUGACUGUUCCGUGCCAAAUCCCUGCCCUGCCCUCCCCGGGGGCUGGGCCGGCCCCCCCUCCCCACAGAGGGGCUGGGGGCUCAGCUGGCACCCCCAGAUUGCUGUCGCUGCGCCCCAAUUCCACGAGGAAGAGGGGACGGAGGUGGUGGCCAUGACAGUGAGGACUCAGCUGAGCCCUGUGCCAGGCUCUGCCCCUCCACCAGCGGGUGAAGGCACAAUUUGUGACCCCCCCCCCCACCCCGGGGACAGCACUGGGGACCCCCAAACCUCCCCUUGGCGCUGGCCGAGCCCCUUCCUUCCCAAACGCGCAGCUCCCGGCGGAGCCAGCGCGGGAUUUGCCUUAAGCAGAGACUUGGAUCCUUUUUGGGGGUGCGGGGGGGGGGGGGUGUUGGGGGUGGGGGUGCGGGGGCGACCGCGGUUUCUCUACCUGAGAGCGCCGUGUGCUGCUCUAAAAACAGCAGCAGCAGCAGCGGCAGCAGCACGGGGCCGCCCGCACGCGGGGGCUGCGCCGUGAGAGGGGGGCACCCACAGCCCCCCCCCACCCCCCCCGGGCUCUCUGCACCCCCCGAGGGUCUGGGGGGGGUCGUCCCCCCCAAAAUCUGUGGGGGCUGAAUUAAAGCCUUGCACUGUUUGCAGCUCCGUGUCA